AUGUCGUAUCUACCCCCACCCCAGCUCCAAACACUAGCGAUCCAUGCAGACCAACCGGACCACAAUGAAGUUGAAUCUUAUCCGGCAGCUCCUCCUAUAUCUAUGAGCACCACGUUUCGACAUCCCCAUCCUGAUAGCGAACUGGCCAAGAACGGCAUUAGUAUGGAGGAGCGGCCUGAGAAUCCUGCCAUUCACGUAUACUCCCGUUACACACAAGAAACGCGCCUUCGUGCAGAAUCAGUCAUCAACAAGAUGGUAGGUGGGCAUGCACUUUUGUAUUCAUCUGGCCUUUCAGCUGCUGCGUCGGCAUUAGAUUUCUAUAUGCCGUCGACGAUCGCGAUUCGCCGCGGGUACUUCGGUGUGCAUGCUGUGAUUCACAAAUAUUGUGCAGGAAGAAACGUCAAAGUCAUAGAUCUGGAUGAUGAUUAUCCCGUUUCGGAUGGGGCGCCAGCGACUGGUGACUCGGAUCGACGCCACGGAGCAACAUUGGUUUGGGUAGAAACCCCUCUAAAUCCAACGGGUGAGGCCAGAGACAUGGAACAUUAUGCAAGACGUGCUCAUGAAGCCAAUGGCUACAUGGUUGUUGAUGCCACUCUCGCACCACCCCCUCUUCAGGAUCCCUUUCGGCACGGUGUAGAUAUGAUCAUGCAUUCUGGCACGAAAUACUUUGGCGGCCACUCUGAUCUUCUUAUGGGUGUUCUAGCAGUGCAAAGCUACAAAAAUUUUAAGCAUCUCUGGGAAGAACGUUCUGAGAAUGGUCGUGUGCCUGGUAAUCUCGAGACUUACCUGCUUCUUCGCUCUCUUCGAACGAUGCCCCUUCGCGUCCUGCGACAGAGCGAGACUGCCACAAAGCUAGUCAAGUUUUUGUACAGUCUCACAGAAGGCCAAAAGUCGGACGCGAAUGUACCAGUUGAGAUUGCACACGGGCGCGUUAUCAAACAGGUGUGGCACUCAUCGCUCCAGCCUCGAGUAACGCUGGAUGAGGAACUCGAAGAUACGGUGAGGGAAAAUCAUGACUUUGAUCCUUCUUCUCAGCUUCCUCUUGGUGGCUCGCCUACUUUUGGAAUACUUGUUUCCAAUGAAACGUAUGCCAAGUAUCUUUCACACUACUUGUCUUACUUUAUUGUACGUUUCUAUUGA